AUGAGUUCCACUCCUCUCCAUGAGCCAGGGGCCCAGGUCCUUCAGCAGCCCCAUAAUGGUCAACCCCAGCCUGAGCUGGGCCAGGGCCAGGGUGGGGGGGUGGUACCCUCAGGCAGUGUGGUGACCAUAGCGUCCCGCCCCCCCCAGCCCCACUCAGAACCCCAGGCCUCCAGGCGUGUCUGCUUCUAUAAGAGUGGAGACCCCCAGUUCGGAGGUCACCGGAUGGUCAUCAAUGCCAGGACCUUCAAGACCUUCGAUGCCCUCCUGGAUGCCCUGUCUAAGAAGGUCCCCCUGCCAUUCGGGGUCCGCACCAUCACCACCCCCCGGGGCUCCCACCAUGUCCGGGGUCUGGAUGAGCUGCAGGAUGGGGGCUCGUAUGUCUGCUCGGACCAGCGGAGGGUGAAGCCCCUGAACCUGGACAUGGCUAACCGCCGCCAGCCUCCCUGGAACACCACCACCCGGCCCGUCAGCGGGGGUCAGAGGGCGCGGCGAGGGAGUCGUGGAGUCAACGGGGGCGUCAGAAGGGUGUCCGUCAGGACCCCUAAAAGGCUGAUCGUAUUUAAGAACAGAGACCCCAGUGUGAGGAGGACUAUAGUUCUACAGAGAAGGACGGCUCCGACCUACGAUGCCCUACUGGACUACCUCUCAGUCAUCAUGCAGUUCCCUGUACUGAAGCUGUUCACACCAGAAGGCAGCAGGGUAGGUCAUCAUGCAGUUCCCUGUACUGAAGCUGUUCACACCAGAAGGCAGCAGG